AUGCUCCCUCCCGUUCUACGGCAAACCCCCCAUACGCCGCCCGCAAUGCGCCUCCCGUUCAGACCCACCGUGGCCGUAGCCAAUGCCGACGCCGUCCUCCCCCGCGCCGGCCCCGUCGCCGGCUUCGGCGCCGCCACGCCGCCGGACGCCCGCAUGGUCAAGACGGGCUUCGACCCGGCCGCCUACCGCCUCAACCUCCACCUCCAGUCCCUCAUCUCCUCCGGCCGCCUCGCGCAGGCCCGCGCCCUGUUCGACCAAAUGCCCCACACCAAGAACGCCUUCUCCCUCAACCGCAUGCUCUCCGGCUACUCCAGGUCGGGCCAGCUCGCCGCGGCGCACCAGCUCUUCCUCUCCUCCCCGCCCCGCCUCCGCGAGGCCGUCACCUGGACCAUCAUGAUGGCCGCCUUUGCCGCCGCCCCCGGCCGCGCCGCCGACGCCCUGGCCCUCUUCCGCGACAUGCUCAGGGAGGGCGUCGCCCCGGACCGCGUCACCGUGUCCACCGUGCUCAACGUGCCUGCCUCUGGCGCCGUGACUGCGUCGCUCCACCCUUUCGCCGUCAAGCUCGGCCUCCUCCACUCCAGCGUCGUCGUCUGCAACACGCUGCUCGACGCCUACUGCAAGCACGGCCUCCUCGCUGCUGGUAUGAGAGUGUUCCAGGAGAUGCCGCACAGGGACUCCGUCACCUACAAUGCCAUGAUGAUGGGGUGCUCCAAGGAGGGGCUGCACAGGGAAGCGCUGGGCCUAUUUACUGAUAUGCGUCGCCAGGGUCUUGACGCCAGCCAGUUCACCUUCUCCAGCAUGCUCACUGUCGCCACGGGCAUGGGUGAUCUCCAACUUGGGCGCCAGGUCCACGGCCUUGUGGCCAGAGCCACCUCGGCGCACAACGUGUUUGUCAAGAACUCGUUGCUGGAUUUCUACUCCAAAUGUGACUGCCUUGCUGAGAUGGAGAAGCUGUUCGACGAGAUGCCGGAGCGCGACAAUGUCUCAUAUAAUGUCAUGAUCUCAGGCUAUGCUUGGAACCGGUGCGCUAGCAGAGCGCUGCGGCUGUUCAGAGAGAUGCAGAUACUCUGUUUCGACAGGCAGGCCUUACCUUAUGCUAGUUUGCUGAGUGUUACUGGCUCACUGCCUCACAUUGGGAUUGGGAAGCAAAUACAUGCUCAGCUGGUCCUUCUUGGCCUUUCUUCGGAGGAUCUUGUGGGCAACGCCCUGAUUGACAUGUACUCAAAAUGUGGGAUGCUGGAUGCUGCAAAGACCAAUUUUCUCAACAAGAAUGACAAGACAGGCGUUUCAUGGACAGCAAUGAUAACCGGGUAUGUCCAGAAUGGGCAGCUGGAGGAAGCGCUGCGGUUAUUCUGUGACAUGAGAAGAGCUGGUCUGAGCCCGGACAGGGCGACAUUUUCAAGCAUCAUUAAGGCUUCCUCAAGCCUGGCAAUGAUCGGGUUAGGGAGGCAGUUGCAUUCUUACACCAUCAGAUCAGGCCACAUCUCCAGUGUGUUCUCAGGAAGUGCCCUUCUUGACAUGUACGCAAAGUGUGGCUGUUUGGAUGAGGCACUCCAAACAUUUGAUGAGAUGCCCGAGAGGAAUUCUAUCUCGUGGAAUGCUGUUAUUUCAGCCUACGCGCACUACGGGCAGGCAAAGAAUGCCAUCAAGAUGUUUGAAGGUAUGCUUCAUUAUGGGUUCAAACCAGAUUCAGUCACCUUCUUGAGUGUACUGUCAGCCUGCAGUCACAACGGUCUUGCAGAAGAAUGUAUGAAAUACUUUGAAUUGAUGGAACAUGAAUAUGGCAUAUCCCCCUGGAAGGGACACUAUGCUUGUGUUAUCGAUACAUUAGGUCGGGUGGGACGUUUUGAUAAAGUUCAGAAAAUGUUGAGCAUGAUGCCGUUUGAAGAUGACCCAAUCAUUUGGAGCUCCAUUCUUCACUCAUGCAGGAUCCAUGGAAACCAGGAUUUAGCUAGAGUGGCAGCUGAAAAGUUGUUCAGUAUGGGAUCCACCGAUGCGACACCUUACGUUAUACUAUCCAACAUAUAUGCAAAGGCGGGUAAAUGGGAAGACGCUGCCCAUGUUAAAAAGAUCAUGAGAAAUAGAGGACUUAGGAAAGAGUCAGGUUACAGUUGGGUUGAAAUCAAACAGAAAAUCUACAGCUUUUCUUCAAAUGACCAAACCAACCCGAUGAUAUCCGAGAUGAAAGAAGAGCUAGAGAGGCUGUACAAAGAGAUGGAUAAACAAGGAUAUAAGCCCGACACUAGCUGUGCCUUGCAUCAAGUGGACGAUGACUUGAAGUUGGAGUCAUUGAAAUACCACAGCGAGAGAUUGGCCAUUGCAUUUGCUCUGAUUAACACCCCACCAGGGACGCCAAUUAGAGUUAUGAAGAAUCUAUCUGCUUGCCUAGAUUGCCAUGCUGCAAUCAAGAUGAUGUCAAAGAUUGUGAACAGAGACAUAAUUGUAAGAGAUUCAAGCAGGUUUCACCAUUUCAAGGAUGGAGUUUGUUCUUGUGGAGACUAUUGGUAG